GAGCCUAUGAUCAACAAAUAUGGGAAAAAUCUGUUGAACAGAGAGAAAUCAAGUUUGCUUUUCCUCCUCUUUGAUUGCUCUGGACAGUUUAUUAGACUGGGGUUAAGGAAUAAACCAAAGAAAACUGCACAUGUGAAACCGGACCUCAUAGAUGUUGAUCUUGUGAGAGGGUCUGCGUUUGCUAAGGCAAAGCCUGAAAGUCCUUGGACUUCUCUGACUAGAAAAGGAAUUGUUCGAGUUGUAUUUUUUCCCUUCUUCUUCCGGUGGUGGUUACAAGUAACAUCGAAGGUCAUCUUUUCCUGGCUUCUUGUCCUCUAUCUUCUUCAAGUUGCUGCAAUAGUAUUAUUCUGUUCCGCUCCUAGCCCACAUAGCAUACCUCUAACUGAAGUGAUUGGGCCAAUAUGGCUGAUGCUGCUCUUGGGGACUGUGCAUUGCCAGAUUGUUUCAACAAGAACACCCAAACCUCCUCUAAGCACAGGUGGUAAAAGAAGAAGGAAAUUAAGGAAAGCAGCUCAUCUGGAAGUACAUAGGGAAGGAGACGGCUCCAGUACCACUGACAACACCCAGGAGGGCGUGGUGCAGAGCCACGGUGCAGGCGCCUCCUACAGUGUCGGUGCAGUCUUCAGAGAUCUCUGGCAUGCUGCUUUCUUUUUAUCAGGGUCAAAGAAAGCAAAGAGUUCAAUCGACAAGUCAACUGAGACUGACAAUGGCUAUGUGUCCCUCGAUGGGAAGAAGAGUGUACAAAGCAGUGAGGGCAGGCCACGGGACCAUGAAGCUCAGUGUGAAACUAUCCGACCAGAAAACACAGCCUGGGCCACUGCAGCUCCAAGGAAUGUCCCUGCCAAAGAUGCCCAAAGAAAGAUAACAAAUGUCUCUGAUGAAGUAUCCAGUGAGGAAGGUCCUGAGACAGGAUACUCAUUGCGCUGUCACAUGGACAGAACUUCUGAAAGCAGUCUUCGGAAUAGAAAGCCACACCAUUACAAAAAGCAUUAUGCAAAUGAGGAUGCCCCUAAGUCGGGUACUAGUUGCAGCUCUCGAUGUUCAAGUUCCAGACAGGAUUCUGAGAGCACAAGGCCAGAAUCUGAAACGGAAGAUGUCUUAUGGGAAGAUUUGUUACAUUGUGCAGAAUGUCAUUCAUCUUGUACCAGUGAGACAGAUGUGGGAAAUCCUCAGAUUAACCCAUGUGUGAAAAAAGAAUAUAGAGACGACCCCUUUCACCAGAGUCAUUUGCCCUGGCUUCAUAGUUCCCACCCAGGAUUAGAAAAAAUCAGUGCUAUAGUGUGGGAAGGCAAUGACUGUAAGAAAGCAGACAUGUCUGUACUUGAAAUCAGUGGAAUGAUAAUGAACAGAGUGAACAACCAUGUACCAGGUAUAGGAUAUCAGAUAUUUGGAAAUGCCAUCUCCCUGAUCCUGGGCUUAACUCCAUUUGUUUUCCGACUGUCCCAAGCAACAGACUUGGAGCAACUCACAGCCCAUUCUGCCUCAGAACUUUAUGUGAUUGCAUUUGGUUCUAACGAAGAUGUCAUGGUUCUUUCUAUGGUACUAAUAAGUUUUGUGGUUCGAGUAUCUCUUGUAUGGAUCUUCUUUUUUUUGCUGUGUGUAGCAGAAAGAACAUAUAAACAACGAUUACUUUUUGCAAAACUCUUUGGACAUUUGACAUCUGCAAGGAGAGCUCGGAAGUCUGAGGUUCCUCAUUUCCGGUUGAAGAAAGUACAGAAUAUAAAAAUGUGGCUGUCUCUCCGUUCCUAUCUUAAGCGUCGAGGUCCUCAGAGAUCAGUUGAUGUCAUUGUUUCGUCUGCUUUCUUACUGACAAUUUCAGUUGUGUUUAUCUGUUGUGCUCAGCUGCUCCAUGUGCAUGAGAUCUUCCUGGACUGUCAUUACAACUGGGAGCUGGUGAUCUGGUGCAUCUCCUUAACACUGUUCCUCCUGCGGUUCGUGCUUCUUGGAUCAGAAACAAGUAAAAAAUACAGCAAUACCUCAAUACUACUUACAGAGCAGAUAAACCUCUACUUGAAAAUGGAGAAGAAACCUAACAAAAAGGAGGAACUGACACUUGUGAAUAAUGUUUUAAAACUGGCUACUAAACUAUUGAAGGAACUGGACAGUCCCUUUAGGUUGUAUGGACUCACAAUGAACCCGCUGCUGUACAACAUUACCCAGGUUGUCAUCCUGUCAGCUGUUUCUGGUGUCAUCAGUGACUUGCUUGGAUUUAAUUUAAAGCUGUGGAAGAUUAAAUCAUGACAGUUAGAGAUGAAGACGUGGCUCGUUUCCCAGAACGUGAGUGCUGAUGAAGCUGUCUGAACGCCAGUCACUGGCUCUGCUCUGGAGUCUGCUGGGAACGAAGUGUUUACAUCAGGCUGUACUGUGCAAUUCUUAUAUUUAUUUUGCUUGUUUACUGUUUUUGUUGUUGUGUGUGUGUGUUUCUUUCAUUCUUUCUUUUUUACAUUUUAGUCUGUUUGAAGCAUUGAAGUUCUUAGUUGUUGAAAGGGUGACAAAACUGAUCCAGAUACUUGAGGUCCUGGUAAUUGUUCAUACAAAUUGACAAACAAAUUGUGAAAAUAGAAGCCAUUGCUAAGCACUGUUUCUCCAUCAAUGCCGUGAACUUGCCUUACCUGAUGAAGACUUCAGCUCUGAAAUAGUGCGCUGCACUUAGCUAAACACAUAGAGCGUGUUGUUUGGUAAACCACGAUCCUCUCAGGAUCACUUUUGAAAUAUUUCGAACAAUGCUGGGAUCUAAACAGAUUAAGCUGCAGUUGAAGCACCCUUCAGUAUUAACAUGUGGUAUUAUGUAACAGGUCAACAAGUGCUCUUUGAUAAUAAAACUCUUAAUGGAGCAAUAAUUGUAAAUGGUUACCAUACUGUAAAAUAUUUUGAUAAAAAUUAAUUAGUAUUAAAUGUAUUUAUUUGAAACACUGAGCUGUUUGCACAGCUCCAACUGUGCAUGCUCAAAAUGCACUUUUAAAAAUUGUUACUUUUGGUGUGUGUCUUUCUGUGGGAUAUGUUACAGCGUACUAGGGCAUAAUAUGGUAUCCUUUUGAGUGAGGUCUGCCCUCAUCUCACAAGUGAAGUGCCUCCUACUAUCACUAAAGUAUGUUACGUUUACUCAGAAGAAUUUCCCAUGGUACACUAUAGCGUAUGCUGUCCCUUCCACACUUAAGUGAAGCUUAAGAAUAAAAUUAAGAACCAACAAAAUAUUUACCUGAUUGCUAGUUAUCAAAUUUCCCCCAAAAGACGGUCAUUCUACCACUCCUAGCCUCUGAAUUUAAUCUGGUGCACCCCUCCUCCCGGUCCAUUAUAUAAGGGCUAUUUUUAGAUGCUUUGAACAUGGAAAGCUAGCUUCUCUUCCCCUUCAAUAACUUGUCAAGUGUCUAGAGGGAGCUUAUCAUGUUUCCUGUUAGGGAAUUAGGGCAGAUAUGGUAGUCCCUGCAUCUGGCCUUGAUUCUAAGUUGUUACAUUUGUACAAUCAGUAGUGUUUUAAGAAUUAUAUGAAACAAAAUGUUUUGUGAUUGUUUUGUUUAAGCCAAGCAUUUGAAACAAUCUAGAAUUUUCUUGGUGCAAAGUUGUAUUGAAUAUAUUGAUAUUUUUAGCCUAUUUUAAGGAAUUUAAAUAAUUGAUUGUAAAUAAUUUGUUUGAUUGGUGCAGUUUUAAUUCCCAUCAGGGAUGUGCAGAGAACAGAGCCAUGUGAUGUGUCGCUCCGCCCUUCCCUCAGCAGCCUCACUGCAGCCUCGUGGUUGAGUGCUCUUUGUGUAGGAAGCAGCACUGGUUCCCUUGGCCUGUGUUCUACGUCCAAUCAUGACCAAAGUGCAUUCUGAGUACCUUCAAGGAAUGUAUUACUGGAGCUUUAAGAACAUACUUAGUUUCUCAUGUGAAGAGUUAGGCUUUGUCUUAUAUGUUUCUUCCUCUAUUGUCUAAUGUUGAGGUUGUUUUUAGGCACUAUAUUUUAUAAAGUUUUUCAAAAUAAGGUACAUACCUAUACAGAACUUAACAUUUUGCACAGAUUAUAUCAGAUAUAUUUUGAGAAAAAAGUACAGCAUGAGUUCUGUUAGGAAUAAAAAGACGAAAUUAUUGUAUCUUACAAAAACUUAUUUCAGAAUGAAAAUAUUUUUGAGAAAAGUAGUUGGUGUACUGAUUUAGGAAAAUGCUUGCUUUAGGUUUCAGUUGUGUUUAAUGUGGAGUUGGGAGUUGAUGUACAGUAUACCUGUCAGCAACAUGAUUGUGCCAUUAAUGUGGGCAGUGGUAGAAUACUAAGAGGAAAAAGGUUUUUAGCAGUUAAUAAUGUUACAGAAUCAUUUCAAAGUAGUACGAUUACAUUGCUGCCUUUAAGAAUACCAUGAAUGUAAGGAGUUGAAAUGUUAACAUAUCACAUCAUAGAGAAAAAGCAGUUCCGAGGUAGAAUUAGGGCAGAUGUGUGCUGUUUCUUUGCCACGUGUUGUUUUUGAAAAUUUGAACAGCAAGUUUAAAAUAAAAUGUUCUAUGACUGACA